UUCGUGGAAGCACUAGUCUACAUGGCAUGGCACGUUGUUAUAUGGGAAUCUAAGGAAAUAAAAUAAAUAAAGAAGCUAAAAAUCAACCCAACUUGCCACUCUUUGACUUCUCAAAAGCGCAACAAAGAAAACGACAAAUCAACAACAAAAAUAAACACAAAGAAAAAAACGAUAGCAAAAUUUUGUUGACUUUGACGACUUCCCACUCGCCUAUCCCAACUGGCCUCCCGUUUCCCAUUUCCGCGCCUUCCUUCCUUCCUAUAUAAAUAAAACCCCUCUCCUCCCCCAAUUUCCCCCAAAUUCAAAAUUCCAACAAAACAACACAACAAUGGAUGCUCUACAAUCCGAAGAUUCUUCGUCGUCAUCAAAUUCCUCAGCCUCACCGGCGACGAUCUCCACCGUCCACCCGGACAUCCUCCGGUCCCACAUCCUCAACCGCCUCGACGGCCCCACCCUCGCCGCCCUCGCUUCCACAUCCCCCGACCUCCGCUCCUUGAUCUCCUCAUCCUCCUCCUCCGACCUAUGGCGGAACAUCUGCGCCGCCACGUGGCCCUCCGUCGCUCACCCCGACCUAGCUUCCUUAAUCCCGAAAUUCAAGCACGGCCACCGAUCCUUCUUCUCCGACUCCUUCCCCGCCGUCCACCACCACCACCGCCUCUCCACCCCUAAUCCGGAUCUGGAAACCGCGGGACGGAUCAUCUCCGCCGUCGACAUCUACUACGGAGAAACCCCGAUUUUUUCGAAGGUCGCGGAGACUGAUACGACGACGGAGUGGUUCAAUACGGCGCCGUUUCGAAUCGAGCUGCUGGAGGCGAAGGAGGUGGUUUCGACGGGGAUUAGGGAUUACUCCUCGGGGAGAGGGAAGGACGGCGCGUGGCUGAAGCGGCUGGAGGAGGAGCUGAGGGUGAGCUGGAUCGUGAUCGAUCCGGUUACGCGGCGGUCGGCGAACGUGUCGAGCGGCGUGGCGGUGUCGGUGCGGCACCACUGGCUGACGGGGGAGGUUCAAUUGAAAUUCUCGACGGUGGUGGAGGGGGCGGAGGAGGUGGAGUUGGGGGUGGUGGUCACGUGCGGCGGGGAGGAAGGAGGGGAGGUGCACGUGCGGGAGAUCUAUUUGGGGAUGGAGGAUAUGGAAGGGAGGAGUUUGAGCGGGAGGGGCAGUUUGGGGAUUUUGCGUGGGGCGAUGGAAGGGGAGCGGCGGCGGCGGAAGGGGACGAGGGAGGAAGGGAAGGCGGAGUACGAGAGGUUUUUGGAGCGGAAGAGGGAGUGGAAGCGGCGCGUGGAGAGGAGGGAGAAAGUGCUGGACACGCUCUGCCUUGUCACUGGGGUCGCUUUUUUCUUGACGUUUUUCGCCUUUCUUUUGAUGUGAGCUAAUGGAGGAGAAUUAGGGGUCGAUUAGUAACUACACAUUUUACAGUUAGUUUUGGUUUAAUUAAUCUUGUGUGUAGAAUAUACAUAUAUGAAAAAGGGAAGUUUUCCUCUCCAGCACAUCAAUUACUUUGUAUUAUUAACAAGGAAAUAAAGAUACAAUGUUCAUAUGAUAUGACACUCAUCGCCAAGAACGAAAUUAAAAUCCAACAGUUAACACACUAGUAUGGAUAAUAAUAGGACCUUUCUAAUCACUAAAAUGAGUCAUCCGAUUGUGUUGUCUAUCAACCGUAAUGUAUUGAGAACGCUUGAUACCUCCUCUUCCAUUGCUUAUCUUCUCAAAGGAUAACCCCUCCUAGUGCAUCUGGAAUUACUUAGCAGCAAUCUUGUUUAUCACUACCUUCGCAUCCCCUUGGAAAGCAACCACAACUAAACCCCUUUAGAGAGCACCACUUGCAUCCCAGAAAAGACAUCAUUUUGAUCAAAAAUGAAUAUGUCAAACCUUCAUAAUGAAAUCCUCUUGAGCAAACAACAUCAUCCCCCUGACUCGUCCUCUGAACCACCAGACCUUGCUGUCGCAUGAAAAUAUGUUGAGACUACUGCACCAUCUGCUAAGCAAACUAGCCGAGAGGUAGAUCCCUCAUUAGGAUCCACAUGCAGAAAUCCGAAUGUUGCGCAGUUUGUUAACACCAAGGCAAUGGUAAAGGGAGUUACAUCGGUCCUUUUCUCCAUACUAGCCCUAACAAUAAAACUGAACAAGGUCAAGUCGAACCAAACAUACAUUUGGUACGAUUCAUCAUUGUAAUCCCUUCUAUUUCUUUUAAUUUAAUGUCGUAAUUCUUAAAUUUUGUCUGGUUUUAGACCUGAUCGACCCAACCCCACACCGUUCCUAUCUUAACCCAUAAGAAACUUUGAUGGUCACUAAUCGGUAGCUAAAUGGGGCUCGGGCACUUUAUUGCAUGAUGCCAAAUUGUGUGGGCAUGGCAAUUAUAAUUUAUGUGAUUGAUUUGAUUGUGAUUUGGGUGGUCUAAUUUGAUCUGAUUGCUCCCCGACUCACCAGCGAUGGAGCUUUCUGACCUGCACUUCCCGCAAGCCAAAGCCACGAAAGUUGUGCUGUGGCACAUUGCCCCGCCUUCCUUCCCCUGUUUCUGCAGAUUUUGGUUGCCCGGAGAUCUUUGUAUUAAUAGCAUUUUGCAUCAUCAUUUCAUUAAUGAUAUAUACACGCUUUGAUUAUUUAUCCUUUUGUAUUUAAGGGGUUUGGACCAAAUUUGUGCAACUUGCUGUAGUCUAUUCAUUCUGUGUUUGCGAGAGAUGCAAUUCUUGCUUUUUUUUUUGGAUUGGUUAAACGGGUAUUUCAAACUUGGGAGAGGAAGCUUCAUCAAAUUUUAGUGUUUUUUUUUUUUUUUACGAAACUUGGUUACGUUACGAAAUAAGAAUGGGUUACAUUGUUUGGAUUUUUGUGAAUAUUGAAGAGAAUUUGGAUCGAAUUGGUAUUCAGACCGAACCAAACAAAAUCAAUGUAAUGAUUGUAUGGUUUUAUCCUGGUUUGCUUUGAACCGUACCAAACCGAAAGUUGCAAACCGUAUUGUGUGCGGAGUAAAAAAUAAAAUAAAAAGCAUCAUAUCUUUUGUGCAAGACUUAAGAAAUUAUUAUGGCUAAUAUGCCCCUACUGGAAAAAAAAAGUAACAGAGACAGAAUUUUGAAUGCCGAAAAUAUUUCAAAACUCCAUUGUCAUAAAUUAUUUUCACGAUUUUUUUUGGGUAAAUGGAUGCAAGUGCAACCUUUUAUUCAACACCAAAUGAGGUUCAGAGAGCCCCCAAGAGUUGUACAAGAGAAAAUUAUACAGCAAAAGAAAAUGAACAUAAAGCAAAUUUAGAUAA